AUGGCCAUAUUUACCAUCCCACGACUAAAGCCGCACGCAGGUGACCUUUCUGGGGUACCAUUCUCUUUUGUUUCAAUCUCGGACACCUCCUCGGAUUCAGGCACCCUGAAGCAUUACAGUAAAAUGAGGAGCCCCUCUGUGAAAUAUGGAAAUUCUGCGUUCAUGCGAGUGAAUGCUGCCUUCAAAAGACUGCUAGCGUUGUUUCUGUUUGUUCUGGCGCUUCCUAUAAGGGCACUUCGACUGACCGUCAUAGGCGUGUCGAAGAAGUUCAAAGCCAACAAAAAGCUCAGGAUAGUAUCGAUACCGAUAGCUGCAUUUGUCUUUGUUGUUGUGCCCACCUUUCUCUACACUCGCCGAAGUUUGGUGUUUUUCAAGUGGGCAUAUCUGGAGCUGGAGGAAGGGUAUACUACUGAAGAUAUCGGCGGCAUACGGCGCUUGCCUCGAGAGACCAGAGAAAUGCUGGCGCGGUCUGAACUGCCAUCAGUCUUGACCGUGGAGAAGGCCUCUCAAUCCUCUCCCAUGUUGGAUAUUAAUAAUUUGCUGUUCCAUGGUGCUAAUUUCGACCCACGAUUGGCGCCUGCUCUGUGGCUCUAUACCGUCAGAGAGAAGGUGGAACAUGAUGGCGGCAAACUCGAUCCUGGGUUGCAACUACCUUUUAGUUGGUCUAGCUGGUUAGAUUUGGACUCCAAGUUAUCACCAAACAGUGACUGGGUGACUUAUUUCCAAAAAUGGGUUGGCAACAGGGACUGUUUUGACUGUGCUUCCUUCAAGACACUUUACAAUAUAGACUCUGAUAUGACACAAUGUGAGGACAUUGAAGUCUCAAGACCACCAUAUCCACACUUCAAAAUAACUGGACCUUGGGAUAUGUCCUUCUCGGAGGAAGCCCGAAUCAUAUACGGCGCUUCCUAUAUGUUUCAUUCUGCCCCAGCACCUCAUAGGGUGAUGUUUCUUGGUGUGGGUCCUCACAAUGGAGCUUUAAUAAUACCAACAAAGGAUAUAUCAUCGACAAGCAAGGAUGGAGCUGAGCUUGUGGAAAUGGCCACAAAAUAUAGCGAGACCCAGGCCAUUGUGGAGGACAAUUCUCCGCAGAAGAUACUUUCUGGAGGUAUCUCUGUUUCUGAACAAGUGAGUCUUAUGAUAAAAAGGUUCUCCGAAACCCCAUCCACUCAGCUGCCAAAAUCUAUUGAUGAUUGGAAAGUCUCCAAAGAUAUUGCAAGACUGGUUAAUAUGGACUAUCAAUCUCCAAAGACACUUACUCUCACCAGAGACGAUUUCUUAUGGGAUACUGCAGGAGCAAUGGAUAAACUGCAGGCCGCAGUUGACAAAAGGAAAACUAAAUAUGAAGGAAGCAAGUUCGAUCUCCGCACAGACUUGGACCACAGAUUACUACAAACCAUGAAGGAAAGUUUGGAUGUAAGGGAUAAUAUCCCUAAGUACUUCCAUGAAAGUCUCAUUGUGAAUAGAUAUGCUGGGUGGCAUUAUGACUGGAGAUUCACCAACGGUUUAGAUGUGCCUCAUUAUGAGCAUACAGCUGUUUUGCACCGUUUGGUAAGGGCCUGGCUGAGAUUUGCUAAAGUUGCUGGGCUUAAAACUUGGAUUGCCCAUGGAACCAUGCUUGGCUGGUACUGGAACGGAAUGACCAUGCCUUGGGACCCAGAUGUGGAUGUUCAAAUGACCAUGGCCUCCUUGUAUCAGCUUGCUAGGAACUAUAACCAAACUCUUGUUGUGGAUACCACUCUGGACCAAAAGCUGGAGGACCAGACGGGAUUCUCUGUGACUGGAAUAGCCGGUGUUGGCAGCUAUCUCAUUGAUAUUGGGCCGUCUUUCUUUUCUAGGGAGAAGACCAAUGGCAACAACGCCAUAGAUGCCAGGUUCAUCGAUACCAAAACAGGAAUGUAUGUUGACAUCACUGCUCUUGCAUUUACUGACUUUAUGAAAAUGCCAAUGGAUGAGAAAACCUCAAAAGAGUUCACACGGUUGCUCGAUCCUGAAGUGGAUAGGAAGCGCAAAAUGAAGACUGUGGAUGAAGGACAAUUGGAGACGGAACUAGCUGCCACCAAACAGACACUUUAUACACAACAGCUUGCUUACAAUUGCAGAAACAAUCACUUCUACUCUUUGGAUGAGUUGAGUCCUUUGCUUCCUACUGUUUUCGAAGGAGUGAGAACGUAUGUUCCCAAAGGAUUCUCCCAGGUUCUUAAUAGGGAAUAUCCAGGGAGUCUGACCGUGAGCAAGCACUGGGGUCAUUUGUUCCGACCUUUUUUGAGGCUGUGGGUAAAAGAAACCGUUUGUCCCGACGACAGAAAAGGAGCAGAUUGCGAUGAUGCUGUAACGAUUAACGAAUACAAACAGACAAGUCUGUUCACUGCAAUACACCAAGAGGAAAUGCAGAAACUGAUGGUUGGCGGAUAUGUUCCAUACGAUGUUUCUGAUGAACUACCACCCAUGAGAAUUGACCCGUGGUUCGUGAGGUACGCCAAAAAAAUGCUACUGUUGAACUGA